AUGCAAAAGACUGCAUUCUACCGUGUUGAUCUCACUAGUGGAAAAACUACUCUCAUCAAUGCUCUUGUUGGACCCGGUGGCAAUAUCAACGCUAUUGGAUACAAUAAGUUCGACAAUUUCAUUUACGGCAUGUUGCAGGAUAGCACAGGUACGCAAGUCAUCCGCAUUGCUGGUGAUGGUUCCUACACCCUUCUGGCUGCACGCACCUCAGACCGUAGUGUCAAUAUGGGCGAUAUCGACAAUCUAGGCCGAUACUGGAUUGCUACAUCUGCAAAGGCUUGGUGGUGCAUCGACCUCAUGCCGGGCUCAGCAACCUAUGGAAAGAUCAUCAUGAGCGGCACUGCUGUUACUACUCUGACUGCAGCUGACUGGGCUUUUGUGCCUGGCGGUGGUGAUUAUAUGUAUGCCGUUAUGGUCGACAGUGGUGGCUUAACCUCAACUCUAGGCCGUUUCAGUCGUACCUCAUACACCUGGACGACUGUUAAAGCGUAUGGUAAUGUUGCCGGUUCAAACUUCUGGGGUGCCGUAUAUGCUUCUCAGGACGGAAACCUGUAUGGCUCUGAAAAUAACAGCGGCCAAAUCUUCAAAUUUCCUGUGGCACCAACAGCAGGUAACCCUGUUUUCAUUGCAACAGGUCCUGCGUCCAGCUCUAACGAUGGAGCGAGGUGCAUUGACAGCCAAACUCUCCCAGUCUAG